AUGCGUGGCGCGGUGUCACACGGGCGCGGUGCAGUCACCUGUUGCAGGCGGUGGGCGCACGUGCCGCGGCGGCGCGCUAGGCGCGGCCGGCACAGUGUCGCGGCGGCGGGCGCCGAGCUCACAGCGCCCGCGCCGGCAUGCGACGCUAGCGCGAGCAUGCGGCUGCCCCUAUUGCCGCUCCUCGUGCUGCCGCUCGUGCUCGCGCGCCCGGCAGCAGGUGAGCCCUCGACACGACACGACAGCCCCCCGGUGGUGACGUGCAGUGCGACACGCGACACGAGCCCCCGCGGCGUGUACGUAAGUGCGCCGCCAACCGCCGGGAUCUGCUGGUCGGGUAUGGAGCGGGGCGGGCGCUGCAGCUCCGUAGCGGCGCUGCGGGUGGGCAGGGCGGAAUGCUGCGCCGGUGCAGACCGUUCACCAGCCGCGUGGAGCCCGCGCGACCUCGACAGCGGCGAGAUCUUCUUCUACAAGGCACUGUCCGGCGGGGUGCCUUGCACGGCUUGCGACGAGUCCUGCGCUGGGGUGUCAUGCGGCGGGGGCAGGCGGUGCGUGCUGAGGGGCGGGAGGGCGCGCUGCGUGUGCGCCGCCGCGUGCCGGCGCGCCGGGCCGGUCUGCGGCACCGACGGGCGCACCUACCGCUCGCUCUGCCGCCUCCGAAGACGCGCGUGCCGCCGACCGGCCAAGCACUUGGCCCUCGACUACCCCGGGCCCUGCCAAGUGGGCAGUUGCGAAGGCGUGCGCUGCGGCGGAGACAAGCGGUGCGUGUUAGACGCGGAGUUGGGCGCGCAUUGCGUAAAGUGCGGUGCGUGCAGCGUGGCGGGCGCCCCUGUGUGCGCAGUCGACGGGCGGACGUACGCGGGAGCUUGCGCGCUGCGACGCGCCGCCUGCGAACGGGGGAAGGCCCUGCCGCUCGCGUACAGAGGAUCCUGCAUAGCGAACGCGACAUGCGCGUCGGUUACGUGCGGCACGGGGCAGCGGUGCGUCGCGGGGGGCGCCAGCGGUGCGCGCUGCGUGUCGUGCGGGGCGUGCGGGGGCGGGGCGCGCCGCCUCCUCUGCGGCACCGACGCCCGCACCUACUCCUCCUGGUGCCGUCUCCAGCGCGCGGCCUGUCACGCCGGCAGGGUCGUGGACACUCUGCACCGCGGACCUUGCAAAGGCAACAGAAACAUUACGGACAAUAGUGUGACAGUCAAAAGGAAGGGAGUUGAUACGGAUGCCGCG